UGAAUUGCUACUCAUCCUUGGUCACUGACAAGGGUGGGGUGGGGGAUGUGAUUCCCAAUUGUUGCUACUGAUGGGAGUGGGUGUUUGAGGCGGUGUGAAAUAUGAUAGCUAAAUCUAAAUGUAAAUACGUUUAAGAAGGAAAAAAAGUCACAACGUUCCCUUGGUUUUAAUAUAAGAUGGAAUACACCUGGCACGUUAUAGGACUUGGAAUCGACGCACUUGUUUUCGGAAUAUGCCUCAAACAGUACAUAAAAGGUCGACGUGCAACUAAAGCGUUACAGGAUGUCUCUGUACAUGAAAUUGACCCUAGCUUAGAAGAUUUAGUCCACUCUCUUCCAGACCAUAAAGUUCCUUACAUUGCUGUCAGGGGUGUUGUUAAAGCCCUUGGAAAGUCAAUCAAAAGCUUAAAUUCCCCUGACACAUCUGGGGUAGUACAAAAACUUAGCAUAAAGGAACAUGUUGUAUCAAGAACAUCGGGAGGAUUCUGGUCAGAUCAUGAAAGGACAAUACAAGAAGUGUACAACACAGUUCCUUUUGUUCUGCUGAAGGGUUCAACGCAGAUUGAGGUCAUUGAUGCCUUAGAUGCAGAAAUCCUUGAUCUUGAAACCAUUUCAGAUCACUUUGAGCCAAGUACAUCCAGUAUUGCAGAGCACCUUUGGGGUUUUUUCACUGGAGUUAGGCGAAGAGGUCUUCAAAUUAGUGAGGAAAUGCUUAGAGAGGGAGUACUGGUUACAGGAAUAGGAGAGUUGUCAAGUGAUAACAGUGAAACUGGCCUUAAACUUCAGCCGCCAGAGGAUGGUAAUCCAUUUUUCAUCACAGCUUUACCAAUAUCGUCUCUCAUUCGUCGCAUAGAAUACCACAGGCGCACAUACAGGAUUCUCUCAGUUGUGUUUGGUAUCAUAGGACUGGCAAUAGUAGGUCACUUGACUUACCGUUUGAUGAAGCAACGUGCGCGGCGCCUACAAGAGGAGGAAUUGCAUCGGAAAUUGGAGGAAAUGCGAAGAGAAAGACGACAGCAGAUGCGUGAUGAGAAUGUCCCAGAGGGCCAAGAGUGUAUAGUUUGUCGCACAAAUCCUCGUGAAAUUAUACUACUUCCUUGUGGUCAUGUUUGUUUAUGUGAAACCUGUGGACAGAACAUCCACAACACAUGUCCUGUGUGCAGAAACCACUUUGAGCGCAAAGCACCUGUAUAUUUGUCAUAGAUUUAUAAAAGUAUGAAUCUUGUCAAUGUUGUGUAAAGAUUCUGGGAGUCAGUGAAUUAUUUGUGAAAUUGUGAUUUUAUAACAGGUGUUAAUGCCUCGUUUGUAAAAGGUGGUUUCUUUCUAAAUUAUUUGCAUGUGUUCUUGGAAAAAGGAAUACAUUUUAACUGUGUUAUAGAAACAAAAGUACUGCUUGUGAUAAUAGAUGAUAUAAUGAUAAAAUAAAUGAUAACUACUUCUUUUUA